AUGCAGUCUGCGGUGCUGAGACGAGCGGGAGCAAAGGGCCUGCGGUGCAGCAGAGUGCAUGUGCCGCGGGCGUCGUUGGCGACUCUUGCGUCGUUUCGACCUCCUACCAUUAGGAACGAGCCCAACCAACACUAUGCCAAGGGCAGCAAGCAGAGAGAGGGCUUGACGGCGGCGGUGGAGAAGCUGCAGAGCAAGCUGCCUCUCGAGGUGCCCGUUGUCGUGGGAGGCAAGGAGAUCAAAACCUCGUCUCUCUCACGGCAGCUCAACCCGUCCGACCACUCCAAGACGGUGGCCUCGUACCACACCGCCACGCCCGCCGACGUCUCCAAGGCCAUCGACGCCGCGCUGGCCGCGAAGCCCGCCUGGGAGGCGCUGCCCUUUGCGGACCGCGCCGCCGUCUUCCUCAAGGCGGCGGACCUGGUGUCGGGCAAGUACCGCUACGACAUCAUGGCGGCGACGAUGCUGGGCCAGGGCAAGAACGCGUGGCAGGCGGAGAUUGACGCGGCGGCCGAGCUGGCCGACUUCUUCCGCUUCAACGUCGAGUACGCGCAGCAGCUGUACGCGCAGCAGCCCGAGCACCACUCGCCCGGCGUGUGGAACCGGCUCGAGUACCGCCCGCUCGAGGGCUUCGUCUACGCCGUCAGCCCCUUCAACUUCACCGCCAUCGCGGGCAACCUGCCCGGCGCGCCGGCUCUCAUGGGCAACGUCGUCGUGUGGAAGCCCAGCGACUUCGCCAUCGCCUCCAACUGGCUCGUCUACAACAUCCUGCUCGAGGCCGGCCUGCCCCGGGACGUGAUCCAGUUCGUGCCGGGCAACCCCGAGGAGAUCACCAAGACGGUGCUGGCGCACAGGGAGUUCGCGGCGCUGCACUACACCGGCAGCACGGCCGUCUUCCGGAAGCUGUUUGGGGCCAUUGGCCAGGGCGUCGCUGAGGGCCGGUACCGGUCGUACCCGCGCGUCGUGGGCGAGACGGGCGGCAAGAACUUCCACCUGGUGCACGAGUCGGCCGACGUCGACAACGCCGCGAUCCAGACGGUGCGCGGCGCCUUUGAGUACCAGGGCCAGAAGUGCAGCGCCACGUCGCGCCUCUACGUCGCCAAGUCGGUGUGGCCGGCCUUCAAGGAGCGGCUGGUGGCGGAGACGAAGAAGCUGGCGCAGGGCGUCCCCUGGGACCACGCCAACUUCAUGGGGCCCGUCAUCCACGAGGCCUCAUUCAAGAAGCUCGCGGGAGCCAUCGACGAGGCCAAGGGCGACAGCAGCCUCGAGCUCGUCUUUGGCGGCUCGUACGACUCGUCCAGGGGAUACUUUGUCCAGCCGACCAUCUACCAGACGACGGACCCGGCGCACCGCUUCCUGUCGACCGAGUUCUUCGGGCCCAUCCUGACGGCGUACGUGUACGACGACGCGGCGCCGGACGCGCUGGCCAAGGUGUGCGAGCUGGUGGACUCGACGUCCGAGUACGGGCUGACGGGGUCCGUCUUUGCGAGCGACCGGCAGGCGGUGCGGUUCGCCGAGGAGAAGCUGCGCAACGCGGCGGGCAACUUUUACAUCAACUGCAAGAGCACGGGGGCCGUGGUCGGGCAGCAGCCGUUUGGCGGCGCGAGGGCGAGCGGCACCGACGACAAGGCGGGCAGCGCGAACCUGCUGACGCGGUUUGUCAACAUCCGGUCCAUCAAGGAGGAGUUUGUGCCGACGACGGAGGUGCUGUAUCCGAGCAAUGAGGUAUGA